CUGCAAUUGUGGCACAGUCAGUGCCGUUUGGGGCCAUCAGCAGGAAGCAGGAUUAUUUCUUAAUUAAUCAAUUAUGUGAGAAACCCAAACCCCAACUAAAAAAAAAAUUAAGAAAAAAAAAACCAAAUCAACGAAGCAAACGAAUUUCAAAAUGUCCAAUUCCAAUUCCAAGGUUAUUGUGCACCACCAGCAAAUACAACAAUAAUACAAAUAAUAAUAUUAUGAGAGUAACAGAAAAUUAAAGCGUUAAGCGGAGUGAGUUUUUUUCAAUCCAAAAAAUCGUUGCCUCCUAAAACCAAAAAAAAAAAAAAAAGCUUACUAUUCGAAUGCUGGCCAGUGAUUAGCUGGCGAAAGGAACUGGUAAUCUGGCCGGGAUUCAUGCCGCUGGAUGUGGACGACGCAGGGCAGCAACUGAAGCUGGAGCGGCUCUGGCGGAGGGACAAGAGGGAUCAGAGGGAUCAGAGGGAUCAGAGGGACAAGAGGGACAAGAGGGAUCAGAGGGAUCAGACGACGGGUCGAGAGAGAGCCGAUCGCCGAUCGCCAACUAAGAAUACCGCUCCGCAGCCCACACUACUGAUGAUGAUGGGGCCAUGAGCCCAUCAUUACUCGCAUUGAAUUGGAGUCGCAAGCGCGUCUCAAGCGGGCCUGCACCAUGCUAGCACCGCCGAACCCGAGGUCAAUAUGCGGCCAGGACCCGGGCUGGUCGUGAUGGCGCUUGCGUUUAUUUCGGGGGCUCGGCGUGGCAGCAGCAGCAGCAUCAGCUCAGCAACAGCAACACCAACAGCAACAGCGGCAACAUCUGCGGCAGCAGCAAUAUCUGCGGCAGCAACAUCCGCAGCAGGAGCAACCACAUCGGACGGCGGUGGAAGCAGGGGGGGCAGAGGCAGAGGCGGUGGAGUUGCAACCACGUUACCGUCCACUGGCGAAUCUUCAUCGUCGUCAUUCGUUCGCAGCUCUGGCUCGUACCUGCUGCCCAUCUUCCUGCCCCACCAUUUCGAGUUUGCGCUACACUUUCAGCACCCACAGCUGCCGCCGCGGGAGUACAGCCAGUACCAGCAGGCGCACUCCGAGUCCUGGAUAUCCUCGCGGAUUGCGGACAGGAGGCAGCAGAGGCGUAGGCGUCGCGAGAGCAGCAGCAGCAGCAGGGACAUAGCAGGUAGGGCAGGCGGAACGGGAGCGGGAGUGGGUGCGGCAAAAGGAGGUCCUGCAGCAGCGGGAUUAGGAGUCACAGCGGGCACAGAGUUCGGCGACCAGCAGGAAGCGGAUCCGGAGGCGGAGCAGGAUCGCGGCCUGACCGUGCAGUUCCCCUCGUCGCAGGCCUACGACGAGGACCAGGACAUCUUCGCCCUGGUGGCCGAGGACGAUCUGCUGUCCGAGGAGUCAUUCGAUCGCCUGAUCAAGCUCAACGAAGACGCCGACGAGGAGGACUACAAUCUGCAGCGGCAACAGCAACCCGAAACGGAAACGGAAAUAGACACAGAGCCAGAGGCAGAGAGCGAGACAGAGACAGAGACAGAGACAGAAACAGAGAGGGAAGCCGAAACGGAAACGGAAACUGAAACCGAACAGCAGCAGCAGGACGAGAGCCGACUGAUUGAUGAGGGUGUCCUGCAGCACAACGACAACGGCAACAGCAACAGCAACGGCCACUCGAAGGAGUUCGCCAACAGCUACGAUAAUAACAAUAACAAACGAGAGGCCAGCGGCCACAUCCUUGAUGGCCAGACGGCCCAGCUGAUUGGCCACAAGGAUAACAGCCUGUCCGCCGUGGCCACCACCGAGUCGGCAGGAGCCAGCAACAGCAACAGCAAGCAAAGCAACAGCGACAGCACCACCACCACCACAUCCUUGCCAGCACCCGUGGAUCUGAAGAAGUCCAUACUCGGCACUGCGACUUCGUUAACACGCCUUAAUCCUUGGAUAUCAGCCUGUGAUCUGGCACAGCCGGGCACAGCAACCGACUUGCAGGGUCAGUGCUCGGCUGGUACACUGCCCAUGGCCUGGGUCGAUGAGGGACCCGGGCCCCCAAUCUGCCCCCGAUCCUGCGCCGAACAGCAGCAACAGAGGCCGGCGGCCUCCAAGGCGAAGCGGAGCGCCACCAGUAACAAUAAAGUCAAGUAUUUCGUAAACUAUAAGAAAGCCCAGAUGCGUUUGCGUCGCGGUGGGGAGUACGCGAUGGACGCCACCGAGAGCCAUGCCCCGGCGGCCAGCGAGCGACCAACGAGCACCACCGACGACCAGGAGGAUGUGGAUGGGUCCUCGUUCUCCACCAGCACCACCACCAUUCCCAUUACCACAGAGGAGGAGGAGCUGGUGCCGGAACCGCAGCCGACGCUGGCUUAUAGCCACCUGCAUGCCCAGGAGCCGAUCCUGAUCCAGCAGCAGGAUGAGCAGGAUGAGCAGGAGGAGCAACAACAGUGCCUUGAAUAUCUGGGCGAUUCCGCCGAGUCGAGUCCGCAGCAUUUGUGUGGCCUCCGGUCACCUGGUCACCUGCUGGAGCGGCUGAGGGUCCUGCGGCUGCGCAACUGCUGCGAGAGGAGCGUCUUCAGCGCCCUGCACACGCUGGCCUUGAACGCCAGCCUAUCGGAUCGCAGCGAGUGCGUCCGCGUGCUCAGCGAUCUGCUGGACGUGGACGGACUGGCCAACAGGAUCACAUGCGAGCUGGCCGAGAUUCUGUUCCGUUUCGACUGUCGGCAGGUCUACUCGCUGAUCAAUCAGUGCGACGACUGCAAGGAAGCAUAUCGUCGCUGGGUCUGCAGUACACUAGUGCCAUACUUUGCCGAGCCAAAGGACGUGUCGCCGAAGCAGAAGCCAAAGCCAAAGGACGAUGGCCAGGGCGGCAAGAGCAAACGCUCGGCGCGAAGUGCAGCGAUGGCGACGACGGACCACCGGCUGGACGGCAUCAAGCAUAAAUCUCUGAAAUUAAUCAGCAAUAACAAUAAAUCAAAUAACGGCAAUAACAUGAACGAGCGUCAGAUUAAUCAGAAGCAUGACAAGAGCUCCAAUGCGAACGCGAACGCGAAUGCGAAUGCGAACUCAAACGCCAGCGCCAACAAGGACAUUGACCGCAGCGUGGAGGAGGCGAUUGGCAGGGACCUGGCUCAGACAUUCUACGAUGUUGUUGGCCUGUCUAAGCCCCGUCACGGAGGAGCGGAGCUUCAGAUCCAGGUCCUGCCAGAUGACGGCGACGAACCAGCACCCGAUGCGGACUCCGAGGUCGAAACGGAUACGGAUACGGAUACGGAUGGGCAUGGGGAUGAGGAAAGGGACAGCCAGAGGGACAGGGAGACGGAGGGGAAGGAUACGGAUACGGAUACGGAGAAGGACAUGGAGGCCGAGGCCGAACAACAAUCCAAUAAUUUCAUAUCGACUGCCAAUAAUUCGGAUCCCAGAGCCACGGAUCCAGUGAUAUCAAAACUACAGAAGAGAUCAACACGCAAGACAGAGUUCCGUAAGCGGCGCCGUAUCCGGCCGUGUCUGAGCGUCUGCCAAACCGUGGAACAAAAGUGCCCCUACCUGCUGCCCGCCGAUCGCGCCCCUGCGCUGCCCACCCAAUAUGCCGGCGAGCCGACAUUUCUCUGCCUAGAUCAAAACAUACCCGAAACAGGGGCGCAACUGGAGAAGUCGAGCUACGGCCCCAACGACUGCUGCUACAGCUACUGCAAUGGCCCGUCGUCGGGCAUCUGCACCGUGUGCCCGGACUUCGGCCAGGGCACGGAUCCGGAUCCGGAUGCGGAUGCGGGCAACUCCACCCGCCGAGUGCACAACAUCACCAUCUCGCUCAGUUCGCCGCCCGGGGAGCAUGCUCGGGCCAAGAGCGUGGCUCUGGCGCUGCGGAACGUGAGCCGCAGUGGCGGCGAUCCGGAUGCCGUGGACGCGCUGAUCGAACGCCUGCCGUACUACGCCCGCCACGAGGGCACCUUCUACUACGACGAGGAGGGCGAGAUGCCGCCGGCCUCGCUCUCCGGCGACUGUGCCGUGGUGCCGGCCGUGACCACGCGCUGCACCAUUCCGUACUAUGCCUCCGGCACGGAGGCGGUGGCCAAGCCGCCCACGCAGCUGCUGAUCUGGCUGAGCGCCCUGCUCGGCCUGCUGAGCAGCUGUGGAGCGGCCAGGCAGCGGUGGAGCAGUGGCUGCCAGUGGAGCAGCGGCUGCGGUGGGGGGCACCGGGCACAGCCGGGCAAUCGGCAGGCGCUCACCUGCGAGGCCAGUUGCCACGAGCAGGAGCUGGUGAAGAGCCGCAGCAGCGGGCAAAGGACUCCGGCAGCGGCUGAAGAGAAGCAGCAGCAGCAAAAGCAGCAGCAGCAGCAGCCUAAGGACCAGCCCCCUAGGUACUGGCUGUGGUCCACGUCCUGGCACUCGUACAGGCUGACCUGCAGCAAAGUGCGAUACUUUAGUAGCCGCAGCAAGUUCAAAGGCGAGAAGGGAACCAAGGAACGGGCGGACGCCAGUGGAGGAGUGCAGUGGAGUCGGGGGGCAGGAUGCAUUGGGACUAGGAACUAUCGCUACUUCUACUACUACAACUACAACAUCAACGAUUGGUGGCGGAGAUGGUGGCGCUGUCUGAGCAGCGGCGCCUUAUAGUGCCUGCAAAAUGUAUGCGGCCAGGAUAAACAGUGGCAGUGGCAGUGGCAGGACAACAAUGACGACUCCCUCUCUCUCUAGUGAACAAGCGAUACCAAAAACUAAUAAUAAUAGCUAAAUCAGAAACGAUACAUUAUUGAUGUAGCAAUGGUCAAACAACAGACACACACACACACAGCAACACACCAAAAACACACCAUGGAAUGCGUAUGCGUAUUAAACGAAGCGAAAAACAGAAACCACUUAAAUAUUUAUGGUCCUCUUUCAAACGAAAUAAAAACAAGCAUGAAUUAAUUAUAAAUCUCUAUUGAAACAAAACCAAAAUAGCAUAUUUUAUUACAAUUAGAACAAAGAAUAUGAAUAUUUAAUUAAACAAAAAGCAACUGCCACAAGAAUAGGUUUUUUAGAUAAACAAUAAAGGAAGUAUAAAAAGAAACAAAAAAAAAAAAAACAAGAAGACAUUUAACAAAACGCAUACAACUAAAAUAUAAAAGGGGAUAGCGACGAAAAAUAUAAAUAGUUAAUACUUUAAUUACUGGCGAACACAAAUACAAAAAACAUUUAGGUUAGCUAAGAAAACCAAACAAGGCAAAACGAGAUAAAAAAAUCCAAAUUUACUAGACUAAAAAUUUGAAAACGGCAAAAACGAUUAGAGGAAAUUGAGAGAAAAUCCAAGGAUAGUAAGGACACAAUUUCAGUCAGAAAAACAAAAAAAAAAAACAACGUAUAGGCCGCCUAUCAACCACCUUUCAAAGAAAAAGCGAAACGUGAACUUUAAUUAAAUUAGUUUAAACAAAUACAUAUGCAUAUGCGUAUGUGUAUGGGAAAAUACUAUAGUCAAGGUGGGCGCGAUUUGAUUAACAAUUAAAACAAUUAACGGGAAAGGAAAACGAAAUGAAGCCGCAAAAGUGUCUAAAAAUGUCUUUAUUUAGUUUAAAAAUAAAUAAGAGGAAACGUAAACAUUUGUAUAAUCCAAGAAAAAAACAAAAGAGCCAAAAUGAAAAAUGAAAAAUGAAAAAAGAGAAGAGUAUGUAAAACGCACAGUAAAAACGUAUAUUUAAGAUUCAUCGACCGACGACAUAGCAAAGGGGAUUCUAGCGGAAAUUUGGAUUCGGGUAACAAACGGAAGCAUUACCAGCAUAUAGAACCAUGCGCCACAUAACACAUGUAUGUAAUUGCAUAUAUGUACGAUAGAUAUAGUCAAAAAUGUGCAACGUAAGCCCCAAAAUAAGAUAGAGAGGCGUGGUCAGAAACAACAACAACAACAAUAUACCUACUAUAUAAAUACUAACAAUGAAUAAUAAUACUUUUUGUAAUAAAGUGAACUCUAUGUAGCAUAUAUAUAUAUAUUAAUUAUAUAUAUGAAAUAUAUAUAUUUAUAUAAUAUAUAUUGUCUUAACAACUUAUCGUACAUAACUUGCAGCAAAAAAUGAAAACUAUGAGAAAAAAAAAACCAAACGAGAUCCCCUAACGGCGAAAACAGAAAACCAAACGUAUAUAAUUAAGUAAUAUUGAAAUAAUUAGUCGUAUUUGGUAUUAACUAUUAACUAUUAAAGUAAGAACUAAACAAUUUGAGAGAACCCUCUGAUAGAGCACACUCGCCCACACUGUCACAGAUAUAGAAAGACACCUUCUUUGAGCACUCUCCUAAUGGUUCAGUUAGUUUCCCUCACCCAAUCACCUUCGACCCUUCACCUUCGACCUUUCACCUUCAACAUUUCACCUACCAACUGUCACCUGUCACUCCACUCCAACCCAAUCUCACUUCUCUGAUACCCUUCCAUGUUUUCUGGGAAUAUGUGUUUUGUUCGAUCUUUUUCUCUGAGGUCUAUUAUCGAACGGUUUAACCCACUGCAGGCAGUGUCAGAGUUACCAGGAUUUAAGUCUAUUAGGAAUUCUUUUCCGUUGGUUAAUCGAAACGUUUCCAACACGAAUUUCCACAACAAGUUUGCAUUACAAAAAAAAAAAAUACUGACGAAAUUACUUUAGGAGGAGGUAGCAGGAUACGAGAAGGACGAUGGUAUGGAUUUUGUUAGAUGUUGUAGUAGAAACGUAAACGAUAUAACGAGCCUUCAUUACGAACCCUCCAUUUCUCUCCGGUUAGCGCCCCCAUAUCAAUAAAUCUUUGUAAAUACAGAUUACGUAUGAGCAAUUCGCCACGACUCCAUCGGCACAGUUCCAUCACCGCAGGAUCCAUACACUAUAUAUUCUACUUCUCGCUCUUAUGAUUCAGCAAAGUUUCCCUCGACUGUGGGCAUUUGCGCAACUCUUUCCAUAAUUAUACCAAAAUGUAUGAGUUAUCGUGGCCAAAGUGCAGCAUUUCACUUAUCUCGGCUCGUCAACGGGGUAACUGUACAAUGGGGCGAAUGCAUAACCUUUUCUAAGCAAAACAAGGAGCGUGAAAGUUGGAGAAAGGCGGGGCAGAACGAAACCGUUAUCACCGUUAUCAAAACAUUUCUAUGGCGGAACGGAAAUGGAAAUUUAAACGGAAACGGAAAUGGAAACGGUAACAGAAACAAAACAGCAAAGGAACAGAAAGCAGAGUCAGCCGCUGGCACAAAUUGCGCGCAUAUAGAAUGCAAAUUGUUAUGAAUUAUUGUGUACUUUUGUAAAACUUUUUGAUAUAUAUAAUAUAGUUAACAUGAAUAGAUGCCUAAAUAAUAAUAAAUUAAAUGUUAAUUUAUUUAAAUGUAAACAAUAAAUAGAGAAGGACACUGGAGUAGGCCUCGCGGAUUCGGAUUCGGAGGCGGUUGGAUGGGGGCAUUCCGGUUUGUUUGUUCGUCAAUGCGACUCGAUUCCGAUCCCGAUCCCGAGCCCAAAUCCGAUCCCGGGCAUUUAGCGUAUGUACGAAAUAAAUUUUAGGCACCGGAGAACGAGGAUCUUAACGCCAAUUCGUUGCACGACGAGGCGACUUCCCUUGUGCAUAGCGAAACUAGUUGAAUUGUGUAUGUAACGUGGGUAAAAAUCAUAGCAGCAGCAGAUCUAAUCCAUCGACUUUGCAUGGGCGUGGGCAGUACUUUACAGUAGACAACGCAUCGACACCAUCUCAUGCGAUCCCCACUCUCACGCACACACACACACACACACACACACACACACACACACAAUCGAUUCAAAUUCAAAUCCAAAUCCGAAUCAAUAACCAAUUAGCACGAAUUAUACAAUAAUUUUUGUAAUUGAUUAGCCGCUGCCACACAAGCAAAACCAAAAACCGAAAAAAACAAAACGAAAAACAACAAGCAAAAUCCAAGCAAAACUCCGCUGCAGCGUACGCUAGCAAUUAUUUUUUACAAAAACCAAAAGAAAAAAAAACUAUUUAAAAUAUGUAAAAAAAGAGAUUUUUAAAAACCGAAACCAAAUUGGAAAGACAAAAUUCUUUUUAGGCCAAAUGAAAUUACAUAAUUGUGUGCCAGGACAAAAGUGACAAAAUAUAUAAAAAACAAUGGAAACGUUAAAAUGUGUUGUAUUUGAUAUCAUGCAAGCAUGCACAGAAAAACCGAACAAAGGCGAAUAAAUAACAAACCAAUUAAUAUAAACGAAAUUCAUAGCGUCAAGUCAAAUUUAAUUUAAUUAAAUGAAAACAUAGACUAAUUUAAUGGAAAGCCACACAGCUAGCAAACAAAGAAAAACAAAAGUCUCCAUAAAAUUGAGUACUCUAACCAUAGAAUUUCCCGAAUGAGAAGUUUGCAUAGUGAAAAAUCGAAACCAACAAUGACAAGCCCCUCCCAAAUAAAAGUAAUUUAGUGAAAACUGAUAAAGAAACGUAAAAUCUAACAUCCCACUUGAGACAGCUAAAAACUUUAAAAAAACUAAACUGAAAUCUUCUGUACUUGUUAUUAAAAGAAAAUACAAAACUUAAGGAUAAAGAAAAUAUAGAAAAAAUCAACAAAUUAUAAAAAAAAAACAAUGAAAAUCCAAAAAUAGAACACGGUAAAAACGAAAUUUCAUAGUCCUUAAGCUAAAAUUUAAACAAAAAAAAAACGAAAUGAAAGUAAAUUCCCCCAGCCAAACUAUCUAAAAUAAUGAAAAUGAUUUUCAAAGUGGACGGAGAAGGAAAAUAGUAAUACUACGUAAUAAUAAUGGCAACUGGCAUAAUUAUGGUAAUUGUAAAAUAAUUAAACAAUGACGUAAACGUAAUACCAAAAACGGAAAAAAUCGAAAAUAAUAAAAAAUAAAUUGUUGUUAUUGAAUGUAUUUGUAUAGAAAAAUUAUUAUGAUUAUGACGAUGAAUAAUAAAUGAUUACAAAAAUAAUAAUUAUUGUUCAAACCGAAAAAGCAAACAAAAAAACAAAACAAA